GCUGUCUGUGCAGUUGCCUUGCUAUGUCGGAAGACUCUGGUACUGAAGGUCUGAGCUCAACUUCUUUGGUGGACUUCAUAACAAUGUCCCACUUUAAGUCUCUGGAUUCCAGUGAUCAGACCAACUUAGAGUUAUCUGAGCCUGAUUUUGGUCCUGGUGCCCUGCAAGUCUCACCUGGUUCAGGCUUUUUCAGUGAGGAAAAGGAAGACUCCAAGGUCCUUCAGUCUCAGUAUUUAUGGGAGGAAGGUGGGGACAGCAAUGAUUCCAGUUUGUAUAUGGGGCCAGCAUCAGAUUACAAUUUUCCACUUGCUUCCCAGAAAGCCUUGCCCAAAGAAAACAGAACACAAGUGAAAAACCCCCAAGAAGGGCCCACUUCUGAUCCAAUAACUGAUUCUGUGGAUCCAGACUCUGAAGCCCCUUCCACCAGUGUCCUUGAGGAGGAGGAGGAAGGAUUGCUUCCGAUAAACCAGUCAAAAGGAACGACUCAAAGCAGGCAAAUGCCAAAAGUCACUUUUUCUGAAACACCUGAAGAGGAUUCUUUAUACUCUAUCCUUUUCUCCACUGCAACCAGCAGAAUGGGUCCAGGGACUGAAGUGGCUACAAAAAAGCAUGGGAAAGAAUCUGCACUUGAGUAUUCUUCUUCAGGCUUUGACCUAGGGAGCAGCAUGGGACCCAGUCUCUUGCCUCUGUCUCCCAUCUUCUCAGCCGAGGCCUCUACAGGCCCCCAGCUUGUCUCAGAACUUUCUCCCAAGAUUACUCCAGAGAGCUCAGUAGCUACAAUAGAAAUAGAAGGGGAAUUAGUCUUAGCAACAGUAGCUGCAGUAGAAGGUGAUAUGCAAGAAGGAAAGGCCACAACACAUGGGGAGAUUCCAAAACCCAUAGCAGGAACAGUUGUGGCUGAAGUGGAACUGACAAGGGAAGAUCCAAUAGGUUCUUAUGAGGAUAGCCCCCAAGUAACUGAGACUGUUUCCAGGACUCCUAGCAGCCCAUCAAAUCCCAGCUCUUUGGGACAUUUUUGGGACUGGACCAGUGAACGAGCCCCAACUCCAACUCCUAUUCAGAAUAGCCAGGAUACAAAACUGCCUGUCAUCACAACUUCUGCAGCAGAACAGAGCUUUACACCACAAAACAGAGAUGUUCACAUGGAUGUGCUUGCCUCAGGAGUUCCCUGGAGUUUGACACAGAUUAUCUGUAAGGACUGGAGCAACCUGGCAGGCAAAAACUACAUCAUCCUGAACAUGUCAGACAACAUCGAUUGUGAAGAGUUCCGAGUGGAGAGAGGUCUCCAGUUGCUGGCACUGAUGGAGGAUGCCUUCUCCAGAUACAACAAUGGAUUGCAGGGGCAAUGGUUGAUCUCCUUAAGCAAACCUAAUGAGAAUGACAAACAUCUGUUGAUGACUCUGGCAGGAGAACAUGGGGUUGUUCCAACAAAUGAUGUCCUCUUGGCAUUAGGUGAUGUGUGGAAAAGCUUAGCUGAG